AUGAAUAAUCUUCCACAGAUUUUAAUUGAUCCAAUUAUUAAUGAAAAGGAGAUAUUAGAGACAAUAAGUGAACCAACUGAAGAUUGUAAAUCAUUAACUGUACCACUUUUGAAAUUUUGUAUUAACAUUGACGAUAAUAAUAAUAAUAAUGUUGACAAUAAUGGUAAUUGUAAUAACAACACAAAUUACAAUCAAAAUGAUGGACAUAUGAAUUAUAAUAAUCAUUUAAAUAAUAUUAUUGAUCAUUCUAAUAAUUUAGGACAAACUAUAGUUGGAAAAAUAUAUAUAAGAUCUGUGAAUUCAUCAAAUUCAUCAGAUAAAUAUAAUCAACUUGUAUGGGUACAAAUUUAUCAGAAAUCAUCAUCAAUUUCAUCAAAACUUAAUACACAUAAUAUAGAUAUUCCAACUUUUGUAUUAUUAUUAAAAACAAGAAUAAAUCCACAGAAUUCUGAAUAUACACCUGAUUAUUAUUCACCACCUUAUAUGACAUUUAAUUUAAAACAUACACGUUCAAGUCCAAUAGAUGAGAAACAUUUUCAUAUUUAUACAAGAUGUGGAGAAGGUAUAACACUUGAAGGUGAAAUAGCUGAUGAACAUUCUGUAUCUUACUGGUUAUCGAUUUUUAAUCAAAAUACAUUCAUUCCUAAUCAUAUGGAAUUUAUUCGUACAAAUGAAAUAAAAAUACGUUCGGCUCCUAAUUCUCCUAGACAUAUAAGACGACGAAAUAAUAUUACUACUGAUAUGAAUAAUAAACAUUGUUUCAUUGAUAAUCCAACAAAUUGUAGUACACAUUCAAUUUCUCGUAUGUGUAUAUUUGAAACACUUAAUGAAACACAAGAAUUAGAAAGUGGAGUAUGA